UCACAAUCUCACAAGCUUGCGAAGGUAAUCUAGUGGCUUUUGAUAACCUUGUUGAAACAGAAUUCAAAGUUCCACAUGUGAUGAGCUCUGUGACGUUGUCUUGGAAGCCUGCGGACCAGGGGAUUCUGGUGGAGCUGAAUCUGAGACUGCACCACCGAUAAUUAUUGCUGCGCAUAAGGACAUCGAUGGUCCGACCUUAGCGCUGCUGGUGGAGUAUAUGUACAGCGGCCACUUGGAUAUUGAUGAAUCUAAUGUGCAGCUCUUGCUGAGUACUGCUACGAUCCUUCAGUUAGCCUGUGUUCGGGAUGCGUGUUCAAGGUAA